CGCGCAUAUAAGUGCCAGUCGCGAAAUAUAGUAGCAGCCAUCUUAUAUUUUGUGUCGGAGAAAAACAAUUUGGCCGUACAAAUGUUUCGCGAUUGCCCGUGAAGCCGCUCGACGACGGGAGGCGGUGCGCUCGAUGAGGCGCGACGUUUUUCGACCUUAAACCCGGACCACUACAUUAGCAAAGGUGGAUUGGUACGCAGGAUAUGAGCAGUUUGUCAAGCGCAAUCUGACUCUGCUCCCUCAUCAGCAAGCAGCACCGCAGCAGGAAGAGCAGCCUCAGCAACUGGCUCAACCGCAGCAGGCUGACAUAAUGACGUCCAUGUUUGAACAGCAGAUCAAGAGCGAGCCCAUGGGCUUUUACUCCGUUGCUUCCAGUCGUUCGGACGGAUCCAACUCCAUGGUAAAUCUGUCUGACGAUCGCGAGGAUCUUUCGCAGCAGGAGAGUCACCUGCAGCCUCAACAGCAGACACUGCAGCUGAAUCAGCAGCAAAGUCAGCAACAAGUUCAACAGCAAAAUCAACAACCGACACAACAACAGAAUCAGCAACAGCAGAGCCAAGGCAUGCAACAACAGGAGGCACCCAGUCGUCAGUCUACGGGCCAACAGACCGUUAAAGAGGGUUCACGGUCCAAACCUCAACCUUGCAAGGUUUGCGGCAAGGUUUUGUCCUCGGCUUCGUCCUAUUAUGUGCAUAUGAAGCUUCAUUCAGGAAACAAACCCUACCAUUGUACAGUAUGCGAGGCGAGUUUUUGCCGCAAACCUUAUCUGGAAGUGCACAUGAGGACGCACACGGGCGAGCGACCCUUCCAAUGUGAGCUGUGUUUGAAAAGGUUUACUCAGAAGAGCAGUCUCAAUACUCACAAACGAGUGCACACAGGGGAACGGCCGUACGCAUGCGACAUUUGUCAAAAACGUUUCGCCGUGAAAAGCUACGUUACGGCGCACCGUUGGAGCCACGUGGCUGAGAAGCCUCUGGUCUGCGACCGAUGUUCUCUCACAUUCACGUCCAAAAGUCAAUUUGCGAUUCACAUCCGCAAGCAUACCGCCAGUACCACUUACGAGUGCAAUAUCUGUGGACGUACGUUCGUACGCGACAGUUAUCUGAUAAGGCAUCAGAAUCGGGUACAUCACAACAUGAAUCAGAGCAGCUCGAAUCACAAUCCUCCGACGCCGCAGAGUAGUGGCGCUGGCACGCCAGGUACCGAGUUUGAGAGUCCGGUCUGUGAUCUGCGCUACAGCGAAGGACCAUCGUCGUUGGACGGCCUCGCGGGAGCCAAGGGCACAGGCAUUGCCGCGGAGAUCGCCAGUUUAGCCAAGCAGAAUAAUCUACAACUUCCACUACCGCUGCUGCAUCCGCAGACCACCAACUAGUGUUUAGACGGCAGCAACGCCAUCCAGUCCUUGCCGCAGCACCAAUCACCGCAGCAAGUAGUAUGUCCCACCUCGGCGCCUUCGCCGUUCACACUUAAUUCACCUAUAUCUCACACCGAGCACACGAGCACACCGCAGAGUGUCUACCAAACGACGGGCUCCUCCAAUCCUAUGGAUAGCCCCAAUUCCCAACUCUACCCGCACUUGUCGUCCCCUUUAGAUCCGACGUCGGAAUCGCAACAUCAUUCACAUCAGUUGCAUCGCGGCUUCCCCCCGCCAGGGCUUCAUCCCACGCUUUAUCUGUAUGCUCAGUACUCGAAUACGAAUCCCACGAUCUCGUAUUCGGAAUAUAUGCAGCGUAACAACUGAACGUGAAGUCUUCAUCUAGCAUCGAUCGACUUUCAACGCGAACGAAUUACCAGUGAAACUGGUGCUAUUUAAUCGCGUCGGUUGAUCAAAGUGCCUACUGAGCAUCCACUUCCGGAUCGUAACAACGGAUGCUCGCUCGUCACAGUUAGGAAUUGCGAUUUCGAUUUCGGUCAAAGAGGGGUCACGACGAUUCAGCUGAUCAAUUGUGAAUUGAUCGCUGCUCGAUAAAAUUCUUCGCUAAUACUUUAUGUCCAUUUAAUGGAUUUUAUACUCACGAGCAUCUUUUAACACGAGAUUGAAUAGCACCCGCUUGAAGAGCGGUUUUUAAUCGUCGAAUGAUGAGAUCGUGCUGGCGCAAGGAUACAACGUUCUAAUGAAUCGAUAAUGAUUCGAUUUACCCGUACGCGAUGCUAGCUGAAACCGAAGCAUGUAACGUUUCUACGAGUCUCCGCAGUUUCAGCACUCUUAUUUCGUCUGAUUUUAAUCACGUCUCUGCGACAUAUACAUAUACAUAUAUAUAUAUAUAUAUAUAUAUAUAUAUAUAUAUAUGUGUAUAUAUGUGUGUAUAUAUAUUAUGCGAACCAUUACUGACACACGUACACAUAUUUAUAUUAUAUUUUUAAAGGAGUUUUUAGUCACUUGAAUCUGUGAUAUAGAUAGUAAUUAUUAUCUACAAUGAUUAAACUAUUGGUUUACUAUUUUGAUGAAUAUCAAAACGAGAAAAAAAAGGAAAAAAGCAAUGUCACGGAGCGAUGUAGUUAUCAAAAAUUUUACCGGAUAUUGGUCUCUACCGAAGGUGUUUGGUAGACACCCUACUAUUAAUUUUACAACAACAGUAAAACAACAACAUCAAGAA